AUGACUAUUGAACCUGAAGUAUCACGUCGUCGCUCACUUCGCAAUGUGCCAUCGUUAUCAGCCAUGAUCAAAUCCACAUCGUUGAGAUCAUUGGACCCUGAUCAAGCAAGCAUUGUAUCGACUCGUACCAGUACAUCCACGAGCCAGCACAAUAUGACUCGGCGGCAAUCAUUGACUCGGGCCACAGCAUCCAGUCUUGCCAAGAUGGUUAACUUUUCAUCAACGACCACCGAUGAACAACAGCAACAGCAACAAAGCAAAUCAUCACGAUUCAACAAGCUUUUGAAAAAACGAUCCUCUCAGGAACGCCCUCCAUCUCAAUUACCGACCAAAGGGAAAAAGGACAAUCAUGUAUCCUCGUUACCAUCGCCACCGACUACACCCUUGCCAACAGCUACAGCCAACAAGAGGCGCUGGUCGCCAUUUCGAUCACCACGCAACAGCACAUCAGGCCAAGAUACUCCACCCAUGCCAACAUCACCAUCCAUAUCAACAAUGGCAGGUACUAGUAGUACUAUCACGCAGCUACACAAUAGCGAGGAAAACGAUGAUGGCACCUUAUUGAUGGGUGAACGACCUCCUCAAUUGCCACCCAUUGAGCAAGACCAACAAGGAUUCAUGCUUGAUUUAAAAACGUCUGACAGCACGAAAAGCAGCCAUAAAAGUGCCAGUAGCAGCAGCACAACAACGGCUAACCGUCGACGAUCCAUGCCACCAUCAGCUGCACUUGUGACUCCUUCAAGCAGCAUGAAUCGAAAACGCCAUAGCACGGGUACUGCAUUUGCUCAACAAGCAGCUGCUGUUAUCCCUUCAGCCUCGGUAUCAUUGGCACGCGGUAGCAACAACAAUAAACCCAAAUGUGAGGCAUGUUUACGCCGAGAAGCAAGAAGGGCUUCAUCGAGUGAUACUACUGCUGAAGUAUCAAAGAACAAGGAGGAAGGGGUUACAUGCGAAAUCAAGGAGCACAAGGAGAUCAACAAGCUUACGACCAAGACAACAAAGAAUGAUGGUGAUGAGAAGGAAAUGGAUCAAUCACAUGACCUAGGCACCAAACAUCAUCAUCAACAAGAAGUGACAAUUCAAGAAACGGAUGCACAUGAAGAUGCUAACAAAGAAAUGGACGAGGAGCAACAACAAAAAGAAGAAGAUGAUGAUGCGAUGGUGGUUGUUGAGAAUAGCAAGGACGACAACGAAACGAUUAUUUCAUCCCUGUCCAGUAAGCAGGAAACGGAGUCUACGACAGCAGGUGGUGAUGCAUUAGUUGAGGAACAAGAUAAACUGCAGGAUGUGAUGGUGGCGCAUGUUGGCUCGAAUGAUGAUGAUUUAUCGGUGGAGGAUAUGCAAAAGAACCUUGGCCCUGCAGAAAGUCAUGCACAAGAAGAGCACGUAUCCAACACAAAGGAACAUCAAGUCGUUGUUUCCAUGCAACAACAAGACACUGCAACAAUCACCACUACGCCUGUCGAUCCACCAUCACCACCAUCACUCAAUAACAAUGAUAGCAUUGAUGCCCUGGUUGUUGAAGAAUUAAGUAUCUCACAUCCCAACACUACGACCACAUCCACCGCUCUGCGUUUUAUUUCUGAUGAGCAACAAGACAACUCCACCUCCUCCACCACUACUACAUCCCAUGAUCAAGUUGAUAUUGAGCCUUCACCACCCACGUCAACUCAUUCCGAUUCAACCAUUGCUUCCGAAGAUAACCCUACGACGGCGCAUCAAGAUGUUCAGCAGCAGCAGCAACCCACGGUCUCCAUGGCAACAUCGUCAUCCAGCAGUCUUGCCAUCAUGCAGCCGAUUGCAUCUCGUGCAGCGCUUGUACCGUCUACGGCUGAACAAUCGCUUGUACGACUCAUUGCUAGUUGUAUGGCACAUGCUGAUAAGCUCGAAGCACUUGCCAACGAAGUGAGUCGAUCCGAAUACCGAGUCAGCCAGCUCUUGCAACAACAUCAAGCAUUGAUUCAGUCGUUGGAUGCCCGUGAACACCGUUACAUGAUGCAUGUUCAAACCUAUCAACAACUCCUUGCAAGCCAAACACGCAUGUUGAAUGAAUUGGAGCAAUUACAAGGCCGCCUUUCAUCAGCACCUUUAUCUUGUUGGCAUCCGCCUUCGCCUUGGUGGGCUACUCUGGCUCCUCAUAAUGGAGGCAAAAUUAUCACUCAGCAAAAGAACAACCUUGGACACACAACCGACAUUGUUGUCGCUGGAACUUGUGUUGCCCAUAAUCCUCCACAGCAUCUCAUGCUCACCAAUGAUGACAAUGCCCACCAAUCCACUAUCUAUCAUCACUAUCUAUUGCAUAUCGGCCAUGAUGAACGCAGCGUCAAGUUUGUCCUAUGUCCUCCAGAUCAAUGGGUCCCAGAUGAAUAUGCCGAUGGUUGCCAGGAGACGCAUUGCGAUACCCACUUUAAUCUUUUCAACCGACGCCAUCAUUGUCGAAGCUGUGGACAUAUCUUUUGCAACCAACAUAGUCAAAAUCGUCUUCCACUCUUUGAGCCAUUGAAUAGAGACAAGGGCGAAUGGGCACGCGUUUGUGAUACAUGCUUUUACCGAUUAUUGGAUCGAAAUACAUCUUCCUUGACGACAUCAUCAUGA